AUGGAGUUCUUCAAUUUGAUAGAAAGCCUGUUAUCAUCAGGCCAUGGACAGCAGAUCUUAGUGCUAUUCGUCUUAUCCGUUCGGUUCUGCUUUGGAUUCAGCUACACGACCUUGGAUUGCAGUAUUGGGGCAGCAAAUAUGGAAAUUACUGAUAAUCCACCUCGAAGUUUUCAGUUUAUCAAUGAGCAUGAUUGUCGCAAGGAGCAUAAGACUAUUUGGGUGGAAAAAGACGCUCGUUCUAAAGCUGAGAUCCCUUUGGAGCAACCAAAAGUUCCUAAGGGGCUUAAUGAAGAGGAACUAGGUGAGCAAGCCGGUGGGUCUAAAGUAGUAGAAAACUCAGUUCCGAAUACUAGCGAGGCUACUCUUCCAGGGGAGGCCAAUCCAGGUCCGGUUAAGGAGAGGAACAGGGAAGCGACAUGGCAAACUCCUAGGCGUGUUGCUACUCAGAGUAGACAGGGUCACACAAUAGGUGGUAACUCUAACCUGGUUGUAGAGACUCAAAAACAGAUCAACCAGUUUGUUGUUCUUCUGGAACAGGAAAAGGGUAGUAAUAUUGGGCAUCUUGGAGUCCAAGAUGUGUAUAGAAGGAAUAAGAUUGGAAUUAGUGGUCUGUUGGAAACUAAAUUGCGUGGGAAUAAAAUUGGUGAGUUCAUGGAGCAUAAAUUUCCUAAUUGGGAAUUUUACUCUAGUCCGGUCAUAGAGGGUAGACUGUUAAUAAUUUGGAGGAAGGGGAUAGCGAGAUUGACUAUUUUGGAGGAGUCUCCUCAGCUGGUUCACUGCCAGAAUAACUUGGUAGGCCACAGGAGUUUAUUCCAUGCCACUUUUGUCUAUGGUUACAAUUCAGCAGAGAAUAGAAGAAGCUUAUGGCAUGAUUUAACUCGCAUAUCGCUUUCAGUCAAAGCUUGGAUAGUUUUAGGGGAUUUUAAUGCCCCUUUUUUUGGUGUAGAUAGGUCUGGUGGUAAACCUAUUUCUAGUAUUGAGUUGGUUGAUCCUCUAGGGUGGCUAACUAAUGCUAAAAUUGAGGCUCUUAAGAGUAUUGGUUCUUAUUUUACUUGGACAAACAACCAAGAUGGCUCAGCUAGGAUCUACUCAAAGAUAGAUCAUGUGUUAAUAAAUGAGGAAUGGUUGGACAUGUUUCCUCAGUCUUUGGCUAUUUUUAGGUGGGAGGUGGUCUCCGAUCAUUGUUCUUGUGCAGUGUCUAACAUCCCCAUGGAGGCUAUGGGAAUCAAACUGUUCAGAUAUUAUAAUUUCUUGUCUGGCCAUUCAGAGUUUAACCAGGUAGUCUUGAGCAGUUGGAGGGCCCCUGUUAAAUUUUUUGGUUUAAGAGCAAUUUAUAUUAGGCUUGUGAGGUUGAAGCAUAGGCUUAAGCAGUUUAACAGAGACUGUAUUAGAGAUGUAGGGUUCGGUUAUCAGUCGGCUAUGGUGGCCUAUCAAGAUGCUCAAUUUGAAGCCCAAGAGAAUCCUCAAGAUCAUAAGUUGCAAGAGGCAGUGAAGGAGAGGGCAUCUGAGUUUCAUCAACAUGACCAAAUGUAUCAUAGUUUUCUUGCUCAACGUAGUAAGAUAAACUGGAUUAGGAAAGGAGAUAUGAAUUCCUCAUACUUUCAUGCCUAUUUGAAGAAGCGAAAAGCAGAGAACACUAUAGUUUCUUAUAUUAAUGAUCAUGGUCUGCUGAUAGAUGAUUUUAAGGAGGUGGUGGCUCAUAUUGUUGAUCAUUUCAAGAGCCAUCUUGGUAGUCCUAGUUCUGCUACAGGAACAGUUGAAUUGCAUUGUAUAGCUUUGGGCUCUAAGCUUUCAGUUGAGCAGCAACUCUCUCUUUUAAAACCCUUUUCCAACAAGGAAAUAAGAGCUCCAUUGUUUAGUAUCCUUAUUACUAAAUCGCCUGGUCCAGAUGGAUAUGGUUCAGGUUUCUUCAAAUUUCUUUGGAAGGAUAUUGGUCAGGAUAUAUGCUCAGCAAUCACCCAUGGUUUCUCUAUAGGCCAAUUUCCUAAUGAGCUUCAUGAAACUACUUUGUCAUUGAUUCCUAUGGUUUCUAAUCCAGCUAGGGCCUUAGAUUACAGGCCUAUUGCUUGCUGUUCGACCCUUUAUAAAGUAAUGGUGAAAUUGUUAUGUUCUCGGCUGGCAGUGGUGCUUCCUUCUCUUAUUCAAUCAAAUCAAGGUGCGUUUGUUCGAGGUAGGUCGAUUGGGGUUCCUAUGAGGCCAACUAAAUGGAAGCAUGCGGACUGUGAGAUUAUAGUUCACAAAAUAAGAACUAAGCUAUUUUCUUGGUCUAAUAGGCAUUUAUCCUAUUCUGACCGAUUAUUACUCAUUCACACUGUCCUUUUUGGCUUGAGAAACUAUUGGAUGAAUGUGUUUAUUUUGCCUCAAAGUAUCGUCAAGGAGGUUGAGAAACUGUGUAGAUUGUUCCUUUGGGGGGCCUCGGGGACUCGUAGUAAACUCCAUUUAGCGUCUUGGCAGCAGGAUGGCAACUGGUAUUGGCGGAAACUCUGCAAUUUAAGGAAAAAUUUCAGUGAAAGAGAGGUGAUUGCUGCUGGCAUUUCAGGGAAAUUCAAGCCGUCCAAGCUGUAUAACAACUCAAUAAACCAGCAACUUGUGGCUUAUAAGAAUGCACUAACUGUAUAG